AUGUCAACACCGACACCAAGAUCAAAAAUCAUGCCUGGACAAGCUCUCGACGGUUCUCCCCUCGCAAGUGAUGUACUCUCUAGAAGUCUGUCCUCAUUCGGCCCUCCGAUAUCGACCCUAUCCCUAAACAAGGGGACCAAGAGGAAAGCAAGCAGUAUGGAGAAGGUCAAACCACCUCAGGCUGCUUCACAAUCGUUCCUGCCCAUUAAGCUAGAGCCGGGCUCGUCACAUCGUUUCGACUACAGAGGAAGCCAUAUGAAAGACAUUCACCAUGAGCUUUGUGAAAUACCAACAGGACACGCGAGCAGCUCGAGUAGCGAUGAUACGGAUGACCAAGUGCUCGAACUCCAUGAGAAAGAGGGUACUUCCACAAUGGGACCGUCCAGGACACCACGGGCCGCUGGAGUACGGCUCAAUAUGUCGUCUGGAGACAUAUUUGCCCUAUCAAAAGACGAAUCGGGAAUUCAUACGGCUAGUGGUGCGCUAAUAAACAACUACGGAGGGACUCAUGGCUUGCUGCGCCCUUUGUCAGUGGUCGACAAUUCUCCGCCAACACGCUGGCAGAAAGCCUCUGGACGAGCAAAGGAACCUCGCCGUCACUCUGGGAAAAGGCUUGACGAUGUGGCUUACGACUCCAUUCCAGACUAUGCUCCUCCGAUAUCAACUCUACCCAGAGGCAAUCCGCACAGCCUCCGAGUCGAGUGGCGCCAUAAAACCUUCGCUGACCUCUCCAACGACCCAGACCGACAUAUGCUUCACGAGGCGGAACUCAAACUUGCAACGUGUCUGAACUUGAGCUGUGCAAAAUAUUUAUGCACCAAACGUCGGAUCUUCCAAGCUCGUUUCGAAGUUUUACAGGCAGGCAGAGAGUUCAAAAAGUCAGACUCCCAGAAAGCUUGCAAGAUAAACAGCAAUAAGGCUGGCAAAUUAUGCGGCGCAUUCGAGAAGGUCGGAUGGUUCGACAAGAAGUAUUUCCUCGAGUACCUAAAUAAAAGUAACAACCCAUUCACGACAGGCAACAAUGAAGACGAUGACCGGGGAAGCCUUUCUUCGGGACUGACUGAACCCGACAUUUGGGACGUCAGCGAGUCAGAAUUCCAUUUCACAAGCGAGGAAGACGAGGAGUCCACCAAUGAUGAUACUGCAGACUCAAGUGUCUCAUUUGAUGGCGGACAUGAUGAGACUGGAGAGGUGAAGAACCUCGACUCGUAUCGAGGCAACUCGUUGAGGAAGCAACAUUAUGGACUUUCACUCGUUGGUGGGGACGGAAGCCAACGAAGAGUUCUUAUUGACGAAACAAUUCAAACUCAUGACACUUCAUCUGGGAACCAGACUGUAGACGAAGCCUCAACGAUCGAGGACAGAAGAGAAAGGAGAGGAGCUGUACUUGAAGAGGCAGUGUUUCCCCGGAAUCCUGACGGUCCUUCUGGAGAUAACAACGAAGAAGUUCCAGUGCUCGAGACCAGAAGCAUGACGCAAAAGAUCGAGCUUGCUCUCAACAGCCGUUCUGAAGAUAAGUCCGACGGGGUUUCCACCAUCAAAGCCAAAAGUAGUCAGCAGAAGUUGAGUUUGAAGAAACUUCAUCAAGGUGCAGCUCCCACCAAUCAAUUCAGUGCACGAAACCCUGUUGACCCCAUACCUCACUCUUUGGAUGAAGCAAAUGCUGCGGAUAUCAUGCUUGUGAAGAUGAAGGAGAAGGGCCGCACGUGGCUCGAAAUUGAAGAGGCCUGGGAAAAGAAAACAGGCAAAGCGCAGAGUACAAGGACACUGUCAUGUCGGUAUACCCGCAUCGUGGCAAACAUUGCCAGCUCCGGACUUAAACCAGACGAGGUUCGUGAUAGUGGUCGCUCGAUCACUUACCCUCGACUUGAACCGGAUGAUGUGAGUGACAACGGUUCGAUCACUCAACCUAAUCUAAGCUCACCAAAUCACGACCAGCUUUUGCUUGCAACCGAAGCUGAAAUUGAGGAAACUUUCCAACGUGAGAAGGCUGAUAUAGUUGCUGAAAUGGAAAGCAAUUUUGAAUCGGAGAAGUGGAAUCUGGUCGCUGAAGCUAUGUCACGUAUCGGAUCGGCCCAUCAUUCGGCAGAAUCGAUCCGGGCACAGCAUGAAAGAUUGAGUAUGUAUGCUAAAAGAGCUGAUCCGAAGGACGCAGAAAAUGAUGACACCUUCACUGAUCUGCCACGGCGAACAACCCGUGCUGUGAGCGCGAGGAAAACUGAGACGUCGAGUCCGUUAAGGCAUGGGGUCGGAAGACACGACGAGGCCUCAAAUGCAACCAAUUUGCCUCACCCACAACAUCCACGGCUGCUUCUGUAUCAAAAUUGUCUGGACUCCAAAGGGCAAGCCACUACAGCUAUCCGUGGACAAGUGUCCGCCAAAAGGUCUCGCAAGUGUGAAAGUUGUGGCAGAAAGUAUGAAAGUCAAGCAGGCCUCAUCUACCACCGUGAACACCACCCAAACUGCGAGUUGACCACACCCAGGUCCUAUAAGAGCAAGAAAAGAAAGUUAAACAGCCACUCAAAUCCAGGACAUACUCAGCCAAGGGCUGACGGCCCGUUCGCAAUUCUACCCGCUCCCCGGGUCUCUUCCCCCAACCUAACGCCACGCCAAACUCCUACAGCUCUACCUCAUGUCGACAGAAUCGGCAAUGCGCCUGCACUCGAAUAUGCCGAUCCCGGCCCUUCUGCGGACGGGGCCGAACGCGGACGCCGCAAAAAUAAAUCGCAAACUCACGCCGAACAGAGUGCACGGGCGCGAAGAUUGUGGGCAAUACGACGAGUACUGGGUACGGACGGUCGACGUGGUGGCCCGCCGAAGGCAAGUACGAUCGCAAAUAAAGCAAAAAUGGCAAUUUCUAAAACUACGCCUUACGGUGAAACCUCUCUCACUCCCACGGUCACAAAGCAGGGCGGUCACUCUACGGAACCGUUGCCAACCCAAACAAAGACUAUAGGGAUCGGAAAGGAAGUCUGUCGUGACGCCAACCAGAUUCAGCAAUCCCUCGAGCAGAUAAUACCUGCAGCUUCUCAAACAGACAGUGGCCCGGGACAUGACAAGCCUUUCAGGAUGCAUGGUGAAAAUCGCCAUACGUGUAGGAAGUGCGGGAUGAACUACGCCCACAAGGCCAACCACUAUCGUGUGAUUCCCAAAAUCGGCUCCGAGCACACGCGAAGAAUGGCCGCGAACAACGCGGCAGCGGAGACCCACUUAGGUUCUGCCAUCACAGAUGUAGCCGUGGAAAGUACUUCUGAUAUCCUACAGGGGCAGAUGAACUUUGAGAUUUCUUCCAGAGAGCAGAGUCGUGAACUAUCGCUGUCACGUGAGGACAGAGUACUUCCAGGGGAAGUUCAUGGUUAG